UUUUUUUUUUUACUUUAAUGAAUGUGUGACUUUACACAGUUUUUGCUUCCUAUAUUGAUUUAGUGUUGUCUAUUUUAGUAUCUCGCUUAAUCAAAUAAUGUCAUACAUUGAAGGCCCUAUGUUGCCUCCCUGAAUUACUUCUGGUUUGAUGCAGCAACUUGGAAGAUAAGUUAGCUAACUGUAUGCAAAGUAGUACAGCAGGUUAUUUUCCUAAGUUGACCAUUGAAACAAGCCAAUAGCUUACAGCAACAUUUAGCUUAGACUGUUUGAAAUUCAAUUGUUAUGGAAACUGCACAAGGCAUAUUCUACUCUGUUCUACUUCUCUCAUUAGCCUACAUUGUAGGUCAUAGACUCCUAGCUAAGACGCACGGUCUCUUAUUCUAUUCAACAGAGGGUGUACUAUUUGUCAUUCAUUGCAUUGUAAAUAGCCUAUGUUUGAGUUGGCGACGUGUCAUCAUGCCAUGUGGAUUGUUAUGAGACCACUACAUAAGAUCUCAAGUUUUCAACUUCCGUGUCAAAUAUUGUCUGAUCCCUGUGGGUCGAGAUGCAUCCAGGAUGAUGAGAUUCUUGGUCGAGAUCAUAAACUGAGCAUGUCUAUUCAUGAUAGUCGUGUUGUCACGCGAUUAAAAAUUAUAGGAUUACUGGUCCUGUGCAAAAGAAAAGUGUCAACUUCAGAGCAAUGCACAAUAAAAAGUGUUUCAUAUUCUAUAUUUAAUAGUGUUCAGAAUCUUCUGGUUCGGCUUUCAGGGUUUAGGCUACAAAGUUUUGUCUUACUUUGGAGUGAGCAGGUUUUUUUGUCAACAAAAUAACCAUCCAAAAAUGUUGAUGUGGAGCAUCAGACAUUAAGUUAGUUGGAGCAUGAGGAGGAAUAGUGAGCACAUGUAUUCCAGCUGCAGACAGUCUGAAGUGUGUGUGUGUGUGUGUGUGUCUGAAUUGGUGUGUAUGUGUGGCCGUGCGCUGUCUGUUCUCUGCCUGCCCUGCAGUGACUCAGCCUGCAGCCUACAGGAGGGGGUCAGCCCCUUUAAGGCAGUCUUCCAUACCAGUGCACACAGGAGCCCAUAUAGACCUAACCGUCGUGUGCCUUUACCAGUCAAUAUUUCCAUGCACGGCCCUUCCAGACAGGCCAAAGUACUCCUCCGGCUCUCAACUUGUCGCCGAUCAUCAAUCCAUUCACUCGUGCGUGCUGUGGUCACAAUGUGUGCCAUACCUAGAGAACAGUAGUACUGUGGUCUUUUGUGGACGCACAACACAGUCAACCUUGUUGGAUUGAGAGGUCAACAGUCUCAAAGGUCUAUGUUGAUGCAUUGCAUGAUACUGUGUUGUAAGAAUUGUAGGAUUCUGUACCAUUUGAGGCUUUUGCCCCUGUGGACUGGAUGCUUAAUUCAAAAUAAUGUCUCUUUCUUGUUAGCCUCUUUACCCUGAGAAACCAGUAAGAAUCGGCCCAGCCUAGUGCUAGCAUAGUUUCCUUUGAACUACUCUGAUAGAGAACAUGCUACUUCCCACUGAUGGGGGGGAGGGAACUAAGUUCGAACUUGGGACUUCUGCCAUCUGCUCUGUGAAUUUUACUUUGUGGGUUUUUCGAAGAUGGGCCUAAUAUCUAGUUACACACUCGGUGCUCCUCUUUGUCCCAGUAGUCUGCCUAAAUUGGAUCUGUUUGUCUAAACUGUUUAUGGGCUCUUCUCUUUAGCACCAUUCUUUGUUGUGUUCAAAGCAGGCUAACUCUCUCCUUGUGAGCUAUGAAUUUUGCAUCGCUCCUUCUAGGCUUGUUGUACUGUACGUUUUUUUUUUAGUUGGCUGCGUUAUUAGACUACAAGUCAUUAUAUUGUAUUAAGACCUAGUUUAUGUUAUCACCACAAAAUGAACAACAUACAAUGCUAUGUGAAGAAAGACCAUAGUCUGAGAUGUCACACUCCAUCAUUCAGAGACGGGGUUAUUUUGAAGGGAUCCAUUUUACCUUUUCUCUCUCGCUCAGAGCCUGGGCUUCAUCGACUAAUUAAAGAGGCGGUUGCUAAGAGAUGACAAGCGGUGACAUCGCUGCUGAGAGCCUCUGUGCUGCAGCCUGAACCUGCGUCUCUACUCUGGGUCUCUUUUCUCAACCCCUGUCUAGACCUGACUACACCUGACCCAUGUGAAGGAGUAGGGGGAGAGGGAGCGAGAGAAGCCACACCACACACGCCAUGGCAGCUUUCACCAGUACCCCCAAAGUGAGAUCCAGGAGUGCUCCUCGGCACAGAGACUGGGACCAGAGCCCGGCCGAGUGUGACUGGAAGGACUGUGAGGCUGGAGGCGACGAGAGAUCUACAGGACACAGCACCAUGCUGGAGAAGACCCAGGACUUCUUCCAGAUCUGUGACAUCGAGGACAAAGGCUUCAUCACCCACCGGGACAUGCAGCGGCUCCAUGGACAGCUGCCCCUCAGUGCAGAGGAGCUGGAGAAUGUCUUCGACACCCUGGAUUCUGACGGCAACGGAUACCUCACCCUGCAGGAGUUCUCCUCAGGGUUCAGUGAAUUCCUGUUUGGCCGAAGGAUCUCUGUAACAGAAGGGAUGGGGGAGGCCAGCCCCAUUGCCAAGGAAGCCAACCAGGGCCCCCCAGACUCACUUUACCAGACCCAGUGGGAGGAGAGGCUGAUGGGCAGCGAGGACGAGGAAGAGAGGCACUUCUGCAUGCUCAUGGAGAGCUUGGGCGCCAGCAACGUCUUUGAGGAACCUGGUGAGGUGCGUAGUCUGUGGGCCCAGCUGAGAAGAGAUGAGCCGCAUCUCCUGUCCAACUUUGAGGAGUUCCUGGCUAGGGUCACCUUCCAGAUCAAAGAGGCCAACCAGGAGAAGAGGGAGAUGGAGAGCGCCCUUAAAAGAAAAGCAGCAACACAUGACGACGAGAUCCAGCGCUUAUAUGAAGAAAUGGAGCAGCAAAUCAAAAAUGAGAAGGACAGGAUCCUCCUGCAGGACUCUGAGCGCUUCCUGUCUAGGAGCCAGGACCUAGAGCAUCAGCUCUCCAGUAAGGAGCGGGAGCUGGAGCAGAUCUUCCAGAAACAGAGGCGGUUGGAGUGUCAGUGUCGGGAGCUUCACAGCGAGCAGCACGUGACCAAGGUAGAGAAUGUGAAGCUGAAGCAGACCAAUGAGGAUCUGGCCCAAGAGCUGGAGCACACCAGUCAGGAGCUGAGCCUGGCCCAGGAUCAGCUGGGCCUCCUGCAGGAGCAGUCGUCACGCCUGCACAAGGAGAGGGAGAGGGAAAUGUACCAGGUCACAGAGGGAUUGCAGAGAGAGCGAGCAAGCCUGCUGAAACAACUUGACCUGCUGAGGGAAAUGAACAAACACUUACGAGAUGAACGAGAUAUGUCCUCGUAUCAAAAACUGAGGAAUACUGUUGAAAAUCCUGCUUGGAACCCGAGGCCUGGAUCAAAUACUCUGAAUCCCUUUGACAAAAAGGCCUUUAAAUGUGAGGAAGAGGUAGGGCUCCCCCACUCUAAGAAGAGCCCAGGGGGAGUGAAUGGCUACAGCCUGGAGGAUGUGGUAGCCUCCAAACCCCCCAACAUACCCCUACAGAGGAUCAUCUCCAUAGAGGAGGACCACCUACCCCAGCUCUUGCAGGAUGACUACCAUGCCCAGCUCUGUGAGUGGAGCGAGGAGGCGGAGGAAGAACACAUAGAGCUGCAGAUGAACUCAAUAUAUCCUCCAAGUUCUCUUCCGACUAGGGAGCAGCAGCCAGCUGACACCAGAGAGUCAGAGACGCCUACAUCCCCCAGGGGCCAGCCUGUCGGCAAGGAGACCGUGGUGAACGAGGUUGCAGCACCACCCCCGGACCGCCUGUUUAAGAUCGUUCUGAUAGGGAACUCUAGCGUGGGGAAGACCUCCCUCCUCAUGAGGUUCUGUGACGACUGCUUCUACCCAGGCACCUCUGCCACCGUGGGCAUAGACUACAGUGUGAAAACGAUAACGGUGGACAACAGCCAGGUGGCGCUGCAGAUGUGGGAUACAGCAGGACAGGAGAGGUAUCGCAGCAUCACCAAGCAGUUCUUCCGCAAGGCUGACGGUGUGGUAGUCAUGUAUGACAUCACUGAUGAGCAGAGCUUCACUGCUGUGAGACAGUGGCUGACCAGUGUACAGGAGGGGGCCGGCGAGGAUAUUCCCAUCAUGCUGCUGGGAAACAAAACUGACAAGGAGAGCGAGCGGGAGGUUCAGACGAGAGUAGGAGAAAAAUUGGCCAAGGACUGCCAGUUGAUUUUCUAUGAGUGCAGUGCUUGCUCUGGACAAAAUGUUGUACACUCUCUGGUACAUUUGGCAAGAAUUCUGAAAGAGCAGGAGGACAGAGAGAAGGAGAAGACAGUCCAACUGGUAAACGGCUCUUCACAUAAGAAGAGGUCCUGCUGCUAGCAACAAGAAGUCUACUAGCUACUCAACACACAAGGUGAUGGUGAACUCACCUAAUUAUGUAUACAGUAUAUUCUGACUAGAGUUCCUUCAGAACUCAAAGAUUUACAGCACUAUACCUCUCACUGUCACCCAGUCCACCUACGGUGUGAACACCUGUUUCUUGAAUCUGUGGUUUUUUAAAAACAAAAACACGUCUUUGAGGGGGUAAAAAAAUAAACAUGUCUUAGCAUUUCACACGAUGAAAGGGCCAGGGUAGGUGCUGACACAGCCAUACAUGGAUAAUGACAUUUUUAAAACGACAGUCUUGCACUACAAUAAUAAAAUAUAGAUUUUCCUUAAUGACAACUUAUUUUUAAUGAAAAUGUAUUUUCAACUAGCUAAGUCAAAACCAGUAACUAUACUACUUUUAUAUUUAAUUCAGUACAGUUUACACUGACAAAUGUACUGAAAAAAUAAAAGUAAACCUUGUUAAUAGUUGGGUUAGGUUUCGUGAAAUCUGAAUUUCGUUCAGGACCAAUUUAACAUUUUCCAAUAGUAAGGAAGGGUUAUAACAUUUGUCAGAUUUGGACAUCAUCUCAGAUCAAUUUGAUGAAUAGAUUAGCUUAUCCCUCAAAUGUAAUAAGGUUUACUGUGUUGUAUAUGUAAUGUCGGGACGAUUUACCAGAAGUCAACUACAGAUGUGGGAUCCUAAUUCGACCAGUAUUGUCGCAGCAUUUGAACGUUUAGUCCAUUAACUUUUCUGCCGACGUAAUGUUGCUAGAUUAGGCUACAUGAUUAGGCUACAUGAAAAGUGCAAUACUGUUAAUAUAAUGUGAGUUUUUAGUGAAUCUAUGUCAAUUCUGGGGCACAGAAAUUCUCAGCAACAGCAGUGAUCAAGUGAAGAUCCUACAUCUGUACGUGUCUAGAAAGUCUAAUUGGCAGCUUCUCCUUUUACACAAAUGUUUGUUUUACACUUUGCAUUGACAGUGGAAGGUAGUAAAGCUCUGACAUACUAUACCUCAAAGCGUUUGCAUAUAAACCGUCACCACUAUUUAGCUUUUUUAUGUAAUUGGCACAGUGUUAUUUCUAUGAAUGAGUUCUGUUGUACUGUAGUUGUUUGCUUAAUUUUGCCAAGAGAUUUGCCUUCUCUUAGAAGUAUUUGUUUGUGGGCGCACUAAAACAGUUCUCCUAAUAAUUCCAUAAGAAUGUAUAUUGUGCCAAGUAUCCUUGAACAAAUGUUCCAUUUUAAAUCUAACACAUUGCAAUGUAUGCCAUCACUGUACCUGUAAAGUACCUCAGAUACCGAUAGAUCCGUAUGAGAGACUAGAGGUAUCUUUAGAUACGUACUGUACUGUAUGUGUAUGUUCUGUGAUGUUGAAGGAUACUGAGAUUGUAAUUUGGAGCCCUCUGAUAUAGAGUAUUCCUUAUGUAUUUGACAGUGUGCCAUAGCGCCAUGACUACUCUAAAUGAACCAAUUCAGUUGCAUUUGCGCCACGCUACUGGGCCUGUGUUCUUGCACAAUAAUGUAUGUGAAAAUGUAAAUAGGAAAAAUGUUGUAUGGUUUCUCUGAAUAAUAAACAGAUAUUGUAUA